AUGGCCUCUCCUUCUGAAAAUACUCCUUCCAACCCUGAAACUCCUCUCCCUAUCACCAAUGGUGCAAACAACAAUGAACUCGUCCCCCACACCCUAAACCGAAUGAUUCCUGAAAACUCUAGCCCUACUGUGUCCAACUUCCUCUCUAUCAAGCUGGACAGAACCAAUUACCCCCUGUGGCUGGCACAAAUACAGCCACUCCUGAAGAGUCGAAAUUUGAUGGGGUACGUUGAUGGAACGAUAGGCUGCCCUCCCUGUUUCCAAACAGAUGCUGAAGGGAAACUGACAGAUGAUGUCAAUCCUGCGUAUCAACAAUGGAUAUCUAAUGAUCAGAUGGUCCUUGGGUGGAUCAACAACUCUUUGACGCCUCCAGUCUUGGCUACAGUUGCUCGGUCCACUACCUCCUUCUAUACAUGGAGUUCGUUGGCAAAACGUUUUGCCUCUCAAUCCCAGAACCGCAUCCUGCAACUCCGCGGAGAGCUACUCAGGACCAUGAGGGGUAACAUGUCCAUCUCCGAUUUUCUUGAUAAGAUCAAUUCUAUUGUCGAUAACGUGGCACUUGCAGGAAGUCCCAUCAGUGACAAUGAUCUCGUAUCCAUCAUCAUGAACAAUGUUGGACCACUCUAUGAGAAUACAGUAAGCUCUGCUCAAGCAAGAGACACUCCCAUCACAUAUGAGUCUCUAGAAGCCCUUCUUCUUUCAGCUGAGAGGCGCAUCAAAGAUUAG